AUGGAUGUGAAGUGUCCAGGAUGCUACAAAAUCACCACCAUCUUUAGCCAUGCACAAACAGUAGUUUUGUGUGUUGGCUUCUCCACUGUCCUUUGCCAGUGUAUAGGAGGAAAAGCAAGGCUUACAGAAGGAUGCUCCUUCAGAUGGAAGCAAAACUAA